CGUGUCCGUCCACAGCCGACCACCAUCUUUGGUCGCGGUGUGUGGUGAGUUUUGUGUGUACAGGCGUCCUCCCUGAUCCAGUACAAGGUGCAGCUCGCAGGACCGUCGGAAUAGGAGGGCCCACCCGGGGUGUAAGGGCGCUACUCUAGCUCUCCUGUGCGGUCUUAGCGUCUUCGCCUUCUCUAGCCUGCUGCAGAGCUGAGCGACUGCCCUUAUCCACCCUGUGCCCCGGCCGCCGCUUUCCUUCAGCCGCCUUCUCCGAGAGCCCGGCUCACCCCGCCGGCCUCUGCCUGGUCCGCGGCAGGUUUCUGCACCGCCGGGGUCAGGAGGGCCCAGUCCAUGGGUUGGACCUGUGUCUCUUGGUGCAUUAACAGGUCACAGGUGUGGCUCAGGGAGAACUAGUCCAGCCUAGGCAGCUGGGUACCUACAAUGAGCAUCUUGCCCAUCCAUGCUGUCGCAAGUAAGGAUUUCUAUUGCUCCAACUGGCUGUGUGGACCAAACAGUAUUCAUUGGCCUCCAGACUGCCCAGCGGCUCUGCAUCCACUCCCAUCCCUCUUUCUAUGUGGCUUCUUGGGCUUAGAGACGAUAUUCACUUAGACUUCCAGAAGCGGGAGGAAAGAAAUGGACUCCGUGGUCAUUGAGGAUGUGGCUGUGGACUUUACCCCAGAAGAGUGGGCCUUGCUGGAUGUUGCUCAGAGGAAACUCUACAGAGAUGUGAUGAUGGAAACCUUCAGAAACCUGGCUUCAGUGGUCAUUGGUUCAGGUUCUCAAAACCUUAAUGAUGGAGAAAAAUUAUCCAGUGAACAUCUAAUGGUGCGAUUCAGGAGGAAUGACUCCUGGUGCUCCAUGCUGGGAGAGAUCUGUGAAUUGCUUGGCUUUGAAGAUCAACAUAAAAUCCUGGGGAGAUAUGUGAGAAAGCAUAUGAUACGGAACCUUUGUGAAAAUAAGGAAGACAAUAAAGGUGGAAAACCCUUCAGCCAGAUUCCAAACCUUACUGUGUUCAAAAGAACUACUGAGGUAAAUCCUUCUGAAUACCACAAAUGUGGAAAAUUCUUCAUAGAUCACUCAUCACUUAAGCGUCAUAUCAGAUGUCAAACUGAAUGCAAUACCUAUCAACGUAAUGAACAUGAAGAAGUCUCUCUUUCUUACCUAAGUACUCCUAUGAGAACUCUUACUGGAGAUAAGCCCUAUAAAUGUAAGAUAUGUGGGAAAGGCUGCAUUUGUAUCUCAACUCUUAAGAAUCAUGUGACAACACUCAAUGAAGAGAAACUCUGUGAAUGUAAUGGAUGUGGAGAAGAUUUCUGUAGCGCCUCAUCCUUUUGGACACAUACGAGAGGCCACAAGCAUGAACAUAAAGGAUACUGGAAAACCUAUUCCACAUCACUCACUUUACACAGAAAAUUUCGUAAUGGAGAUAAGCCUUAUAAAAGUAAAGAAUAUGGGAAAGCCUUUAGUCAUUCCUCAUCCCUCAUUACACAUACAAGAACUCACAGAGAGAGGCCUGAUGAAUGUAAGGAAUGUGGGAAAGCCUUUUGUCGUUCCACACACCUCACCACACUUAGAGCUCACAGUGAAGAGAGGCCUUAUCAAUGUAAGAAAUGUGGGAAAGCCUUUUGUGAUGCCUCUUCUUUCACUGAACAUAAAAGAACUCACAGUAAAGAGAGGCCUCAUGAAUGUAAGGAAUGUGGGAAAGCCUUUAGUGAUAACUCCUCUUUUGCUAAACAUAAAAGAACUCACCAUGAAAAGAGGCCUUAUGAAUGUAAAGAGUGUGGGAAAGCCUUUAGUUGUUCCUCAAACCUCAUUACACAUAGAAGAAUUCACAGUAGAGAGAGGCCUUAUGUAUGUAAAGACUGUGGAAAAGCCUUUAGUUGUUCCUCAGGACUCUGUGCACAUAGAAGAAUUCAUAGUGACGAGAAGCCUUAUGCAUGUAAGGAAUGUGGGAAAGCUUUUCGUUGUUCCUCACACCUCACUUCACAUUUAAGAAGUCACAGUGAAGAGAGGCCUUAUGAAUGUAAGGAAUGUUGGAAAGCCUUUAAAAACUCCGCUUCUCUCACUAUACAUGUAAGAAUUCACAGUGGAGAGAAGCCUUAUGAAUGUAAGGAAUGUGGGAAAGCCUUUAGGGCCGCCUCCGCUCUCAUUAUACAUACAAGAAUUCACAGUGGAGAGAGGCCUUUUGAAUGCAAGGAAUGUGGGAAAGCUUUUAGGGUUUCCUACUCUCUCAUUAAACACAUAGGGAUUCACGAUGAAGAGAGGCCUUAUGAAUGCAAGGAAUGUGGGAGAGCCUUUAGUGACUCUUCAUCUCUCACUAAACAUGCAGGAACUCACAGUAGAGAGAGGCCUUAUGAAUGUAAGGAAUGUGAGAAAGCCUUUAAAGACUCCUACUCUCUCACUACACAUAUAAGAAUUCACAGUGGGGAGAGGCCUUAUGAAUGUAAGGAAUGUAGGAGAGCCUUUAGAGACUCCUCCUCUCUCACUAAACAUGUAAGAAUUCACAGUGGAGAGAGGCCUUAUGAAUGUAAAGAAUGUGGGAGAACCUUUAGAGUGUCAUCCUCUCUCAUUAAGCAUAUAAGAAUUCACAGUGGAGAGAAGCCUUAUGAAUGUAAGAAAUGUGGGAAAGCCUUCACUGUCUCCUCUGCCUUGAUUACACAUACAAGAAUUCACAGUGGAGAGAGGCCUUAUGAAUGUAAAGAAUGUGGGAAAGCCUAUACUGUCUCCUCUUCUUUGAUUAAACAUUCAAGAACUCAUUGUAGAGAGAGGCCUUAUGAACAUAGCAUAUAUAGGAAAGCCUUUUGUUAAUCUUCACAGCUCACUAGACAUAUAAGAUCUCACAGUGGAGAGGCCUAAGGAAUGUGGGAAAGUUUAGUUGUUCUUCGCACCUCAUGACUCUGAGAAGAACUCACAGUGGAGAGGCUUUAUGAAUGUAAGGCAUGUGGGAAAGCUCUUAGUUGUUCCUCGCACCUCGCUACACGUAGAACAGUGGAGCGAGGCCUUAUGAAUGGAAGGAAUGAGGGAAAGCCUUCAGGUGUUAUUCAGCCCUCACUACACAUAGAAGAGCUCUUAGAGGAGAGAGGCCUUACGAAUGUAAGGGAUGUAGGAAAGCCUUUAGUUGUUCCUCUCACCUCCUACACCUAUAACUCACAGAAGAGAGAGGAUUUAUGAAUAUAAUUAAUGCUUGUAGAAAAGCAUUUAUUCACUCCUCUAUCCUUAUUGAACGUUGAUAACUUCACAGCAGGGAGAGAUCACGUAAACACAAGAAAUGGAAGAAAGCUGUUACUGGUAACACUUAUCUCACAGGACACAGAAAAAGGUAUAGUGGAGAGAAACCCUAUGAAUUUAAGGGAUGUGGAAGUCUUUAGUUAUUUCUCCCCCCUCGGUCGACACACUCACUGUGGAGAGAAUCCUUAAGAAUUUAAAGAAUGUACAGUUAUCAAAUGUCCCUCAUUGUUUGCAAUACAUCUUAGCAGAUAUACUAGAGAAAAGCAAUAUACGUCUAAGUAAUGUUGGAUAGCUUUUAUCUCAUUUCACAAACCUGAAAGAGGAUCCCCAAAACCCAAUGCCGAAACAUACAAGGCAGAAAAACCAUUUAAGUGUAAGCCAUGUGGGAAAUGUUUUGUUUUUUUUCUCCAUGCUUUCAAAGACAUUCUGAUUCACGUGUAUGGAAAAGUCUUCCCUAAUUAACCCAACUGAACAUGUGAGAAGUUGCUCUGGAGAGACAACAUGUAAGUAUAAGGUAACUAGGAACAUCUACACAUCUUUUUGCAUUCUUGGACAACAUGUGAGAUAUACUUUGGAUUGAUAAUUUGAAUGUAAAAGAUGAUGGAAGCCUUUAGUGUUCCUUUUCGCUCAGGACACCGAUGAGACCACACACACUGGAGAGACCCCGUGACUGUAAACUUUGUAAGAAAGCCUUCAGUCACAUUAUUUUCCUUAUAGUGCACAAGGAAAUUUAUACCAGGGAAGGAAUCUUAUCAAAGUUGCAAAUUAUGAACUUAAUUUCAUAUUUUCAUUUUUUGAUAUAAACAUUAUGGUGAUAAACAUCACUCUUAAGUAUACUCAGCUACUAACUGAAAGGUUGGAAUAUUAAACCCUCCCAGUGGCUCCACAGGAGAAAGACCUGGUCAUGUGCUUCUGGAAAGAUUACAGCCCGGGAAACCGUUGGUACAAUUCUGUCAAAUAGGGUGGCUGUGAGUCAAAAAUGGACUGGAUGGCACCUAAUAACAACAGUCCUUUCAGUUCUAGGACAUGAAUUUUGGUCAGGAGCAUUUGCAUUUUGAUUUCAUUUAUACAGAAAUAUUCAAGGCUGUGGCGGGCCCCCACAGAGCCCCAACAUGACCUAGGUGUACUGGAGCUUUUGUCCUGCACAGACCCAAAGCCUGUGCUCAGAGAUAGAGUCCUGGUUUUGGUAUUUCUAACAGUCCAAGAGCGUGCGCUGGGCCACAAACUGAGGCUGCAUUUGCUGGGAUGGGAUGGAAUAGUGGCUGCUGCAACACCUGGUGUGCAUACCCACUGCAGGGCCUGGAGAAGAUGGGAGCCCAACUAGGGUUCUUGUAUUAGUGAGGCCAAGGCAAGGACUGUUGGGACUGGAAGUUUAUCCGUGCCAUUCUACCAAUGCUGAAGUGGAAGCUGACUCACUGACUUUUUAUGUGUGGAGCUUGGAAAUGGUGGCCGUAGGUUGUAGAAGCCUUCAGAUUAGACCUUUCUUGACCCAACACUUCCCCUUGUAGAAUCAUCCUCUGAAUAUCCCUGGCUCCCAUGAUGGUGCCUUUUGAUAGUUGUGAUGAUAGUCAAAACCAUGGAAGUGUCCACAAGGAAGGGAGUUAAAUUAAUGCCUGGCCAUACAUCAGAAUAUUAUAUAGCCACUAUUGGCUUUUUUUUUUAUAGGGUCGCUAUGAAUUGAAAUUGACUCGGCGGCAACAGGUUUUUUUGUUUAAAUGAGUUUUCAGUAUUUAACAACAGUAAUACACUCUUGGAAUAUGAAUUGGUAAAUGCAUUAAGUAUUAUAAUUAUUUACACAGUGAAACUAUGGAAUAGUAUCUUCCUUCCCUCCACAGAUCUUUGUGCUGCCCCUUUUUAGUCAAACCUCCUGUAACUCUGAAUCCCUGGCAACAGUCCCUAUUCAUAUUAUGCACUGUGUAGCUUUUUGGUUUUGGCUCUUUUCACUUAGCAUGAUACAUUUGGGAGAAAUCCAUGUUGAUACGCACAUUGAUAGUUUGUUUCUGUGUAUUGCUAUAGAGUAUUACAUUGUGUAGUUAUACCACAAUUUGUGUAUUCAGCAUUUGGAGGGCAGUUGUAUUUGCAGUUGUUAUGAAUAAAGCUGCUGUAAACAUUCUUUUGCAAGUUUUACGUGAAAGAAAAGUUGUUUUUUUUUUUUCCCCCACAUAUAUCCCUAGGAGUGAUAUUACUAUCCUAUGGUAGGUGUAUUUUUAGACAAGGAUUCUAAUAGUUCUCAGAAAUGUUUGGUCAAGUGGGACUUAAUGUGUCACAGCAAGAAACAUUUAUGGGAUAAAUGGGCAGAUUCUUACUUUAUGUUAAUUUUGUAUUUGUAUGUCUUUUCUCAUUAAAAACCUUGACUCCUAGUAACAUUAAUGUAUUAUUUGUUUUACUCUGUGCAAUGUAUGUAGUAGUUUCAAAAUCAUAAUACUAAUAGUAAAUUCAUGUGUCAUUUAAUAUCCAUGAUACAUUCUGUGAAAUAGGAAGUUAAUGUGAUUUAGACACGUAGGCAUGCCAAAAUCGUUAGCAGUGGCAUUCACUUAUUUUUCACUUUUGUGUUGUUUAAUAACCUUUUGUUUCACUUCAAGUCGAAAUUUCUCCUUUGCCUCUUGCUGCUGCUUUCGCUAGCACUGAUUUUGCUGUGUCUGGGAGCCAUGACGCACUUCAUGGUAAUUUUGCAAGAAAAUUAGAUAACACUACAACACUCAAGAAAUGCGAGAUCCACGAGAUUGGUACUGCUGUCUGAAAAUUGAAGCAUACACUCUUAUACAAUAAACUUUUUAUUUGUUAAGUACGGGAAUUUCACAUUAAAAUAAUGAUAGAAAGUGCAGUACAGUACAUACAUAACCUAGUAACAUAGACAUUUAUUAUGACUAUCAAGACAUCUGUAUCAUAGGUUAUGGAUGUACUGUACCAUUAAUACCCGUCAGUGCUAUCACUUUGUAUACAAGAGACAUGAGAUACAUGUGUUACGUGUGGGAAGCUGUUGUAUUUGCUACAUCCAGUUAUGUCUGCUACAUUCUGUCCUCCAAUUGGCGUUUCUGAACUCUCUUAUAACCUAUGGGACCACAGGCUUACAUGUGGUUGGACAUGGCUUGAACGGACAUUAUGCAGCACAUAUUUGUUACAUAUCUUAAUUAUUAUGGAUAUAAACUUAAGAGUACUGUGCUCAGACAUUUAUUUGAACUCAAACUCUGCUUGGUUACAUGAUCAGUUUGAUGUUAGUUGCUGUUUAUGGUGAUUUAUGUAUAACAGUAUGAAACGUUGCUUGGUCUUGCUCCAUCUUCAUGAUUAAAAAAAUUGGUAUGUUUAAGUAGUGCCUUCCAACCUAUGGGGCUCAUCUUCCAGUCUUGUAGCAGAUAAUAUUCUAUUGUGAUCCCUAAAGUUUUCACUGAAUAAUUUUCAAAAGUAGAUCACCUGGCCUUUCUUCCUAAUCUGUCUUAAUCUGGGUGCUCCACUGAUACCUGUCUACCAUUGUUGACCUGCUGGUAUUUGAAAUAACACCAGUGGCAUAGUUUCCAUCCAGCCUCGUAGUAACACAAAAGUCAGCACAGUGCAACAAUUUAACAGACACGUAGUGGCAGGAAAAAACC